ACAGAUACCGUCCAGACUGUACCGUACCGACUUGCGUGAGCCACGAUUCACUUGCAGAAGACGGCGCAAAACGGACGACGUUGGCCAUCGCUUGUGCCGAAGGCCAACCAUACUUUGUGUCGCUGCGACAAUGGGCUUCCAGUUGCCGUCAGUCCGCUUAGAACCAUUCCCUGGAGCCCCUAUCUCUGUCCUCUGACCCUCCGCUUGUGGAUUAUCGCAAAAAAACAAACUGUCACAACUGGAUCAUAAAAGUGAGUUGGGCAGGCGUGCCAGCGCCUGCUGUACCCUGUCGACCAAACCUGCAAACAUAUUCUCCGCGGUGAACAACUUCUUCGCUGAUUCGCCGCUGGUGAAUCAGCUCAAAGUCAUCAUGACGAGGCAAGUAAAUAGCAGCGGUGAGCCCGGACCUCCUGACGAAGCCCCACAUCCUGACACAAGAAGUCCACCGGCAGUCGCUCUCAGCUCUUCAGAGAGCCAAUUUUCGCAACGGUCGAUCAGUCCAGUAAGAUCGCAGUAUCAGGUCAGUUUCUUGAAGCCAGCGGCGAACACUAACCUCGACAGAAAGGCGUCAAUCGUCGACGAGACAACUGGCAUUUCACGAACGCAGAUGAAAGAAUUCCGCGAAGCGUUCCGUCUGUUCGACAAGGAUGGAGACGGAACUAUAACCAAGGAGGAGCUUGGCCGCGUGAUGCGCAGCCUGGGACAGUUCGCGAGGGUCGAGGAGCUGCACGACAUGCUGCAGGAGGUCGACAGUGAUGGGGACGGUAACGUGAGCUUCGAAGAGUUCGUGAACAUCUUGUCGAAGUCGAUGUGCGCGGGCGGCGGCAGCAGCAGUGCGGAGCAGGAGGAGCGCGAGCUGCGCGACGCUUUCCGCGUCUUCGACAAACACAACCGCGGUUACAUCUGCGCCUCCGACCUGCGCGCCGUGCUGCAGUGCCUCGGCGAGGAUCUCUCCGAGGAAGAGAUUGAAGACAUGAUAAAGGAGGUGGACUCGGAUGGCGAUGGUCGUAUUGACUUUCUGGAGUUCGUGAGGGCGCUCGGUGAGCCCGAGGACGCGUGCGAUGACGAAGAUGAUGAGGACAAUACAGAUGGCCAUGACGGACUCGUACAGAGAACUGUCACCGCGGUGUAAAUUCCAAACAUUUCAUAACCUCUAAUCGAAUUCCACUAAGCUUAAACUUUUGCAAAGCGCACGACAUAUUUUUGUGGAU